AUGGUAUCCGACAAAUUCUUCGCUGUUGUAGCUGGCGUUGGCCCAGGAACUGGGAGAUCAGUCGCCCUCCGAGUCUCGGAAUUCUACCCCGUUGUCUUGCUUGCUCGUCGGUCAGAAAGCUAUAAUGAUGUUGUCGCCCAGAUCAAUAAUGCCGGCGGCAAGGCGAUCGGGAUCUCCGCCGACGCGACGGACGAGUCUUCCCUGGCUUCCGCAUUCGAAUCCAUAAAGAAGGAAAAGGGGUUUGGGAAUUUGCAACUUGUCGCUGCGAUCUACAACGUCCGACCUAACUCGCGGCCAAGCCGCAAACCCUUCCUAGAACUGAAACUCGAGGAUUUGGACACAAGCUUAAACGGCAAUGUCCGCGGUCUGUUCAAUUUUGCCCAAAGCGCGUUGCCGCAACUUCUCAAAUCUGUCGAUAGCUCUCCUCUACCGCCGACGUUGAUAGUCACUGGAGCGACUGCGUCGAUCCGAGGCUCCAAACUAUGGUCUGUUAUCGCGGCAGGGAAAUCUGCGGCGCGUAUCUUGACACAAUCUCUUGCCAGAGAGUUUGGUCCGGCAGGUGUUCACGUCGCCCAUGCCAUCAUCGACGGCGGCAUUGACGUCCCUGAUGCAGAGCAUGCUGCUCGCAAUGAUGCGACUCCAGACGGCAAGUUAAGCCCCUAUGCUAUUGCUGAAAGCUACUGGAAUCUGCAUACGCAACACAAAUCGGCUUUCACGCAGGAAAUUGAUUUGAGACCUUUCAACGAGAAUUUCUAG